ACAGACUACAGAAGACUAAGACAAAUAAGAAAAGGGAAAUAACAGAAAAAAGAAAAAGGGAAGGAAGCAACACCAGUGGUGUAACAGUACAAGGCAACGAAAGAAAAACAAUCAACAGAAAAGAACACAAACAAAGAUCCACAACCAGGAGCUGAGGAGACGAAUAUGAAAAAGUUCUCAAAAUAAACAAACGGUUUUAUUCUCUUUUUUCUUGUUAGCCCGCUUUCCACCCAAUCCUCAUGCCUUCUUUUCGUCCUUGACCCUGUGGCAUUCUUGCUUCUCCCUCUCUUUCUCCCAAAUCCGAUCUCGUACUAGUGUUUUCCCGAUCCAAAAAGCAGCCUUUUCCAUUCCCCAGCGCUGCCGCCGAUCACCCAUGGGCUUCCCUCUCUGUGUCCGGGCCGUCAUCUUCGAGGUCUACGCCACAUCGCGCGUGAAAGUAUACAUAAAUGGGUCUAGACUCUAGAGGGCUAUACGCUUCGAUCAAAGCGUGGUUAUAGGAUCUCACAGUGUCAGAAUGAGCAGGCUUUAAUGAUUUUGUCAUGCUUAUGGCAUGUCUUGACCUCUCUGUGAGUACCAUUUCAUUCCAAAGUGUGUGUGUGUCUAGCAAUCCUGCUAUAUUUAACUACCCUUUCUAUUUUAAAAUGCAAAUUAUUUUGUCGGGACCAGAAUGGGAUUAACUCAUCACAUACUUCAAUAUGAUUUUUUUUUUUUCACCAAGAUGAUCUUCUCAUACUUAUGGCAUGUCUUGACCUCUCUAACUAAACAAUGGAAAUAUGGCACUAUGGAUUCAUGCUGUAGCUGCAGUGACAUGACACAAUCAAGAAUUUUUAGCACAUUUUGUUUAGAGUGCAGAAUUAAUCAAUCUAAACGUAGCCAAUUAUAUAUUCAUGCUAUAGCUGCAGUAACAUGGACACCAUCAACAUGUCCUGCUCCAUUUCAUGGACUGAAUUUGCUUCCCGGCUCCAAGGGAAGUUACUCACAGACACAGAUGGAGUCAUUGUGGUUGUACUGAACUCGGACAACAUGGCAAGAUCAGACAACCAGCUUAAACCUAACUGUAAUUCCAACAUUGUUCAGCAUUGGGAAGUUGAUUCAGCUAUGACUGGCAGUAUCAAGGAAACAACAGAUGAUCAAUACGGUGGCAUGGUUAACAAGCUUAGUGUAAUGAUUUGCGCUCACUCAGCCCAUAUGGUGGAAGAUCGAAAGGUCUUGAAGGUCACCUUUCCAGAGGCUGCUGUCUUCCUACUAGCCGUAAGCCGUAAACUUGGUUUCUUUCCUGAUUGUGAGAUUACUGAUAAUAGAUGUACUUUUUCAGUAUUCUCUUUUUCUCUCUUUCUAUUGGCAGUUAAUUCUUGCAAUUUGUUGGUGGUAUAUGAUUUGAAACAAAGCAUCAUAUUCUCAUGUCAUUCAACACUUUAUUAUACAAAUAUGACGACAAGUUUGAUGAGCAUGUUGUCUUUGCAAUCAAAAGGGAGUGUAGUAUUCAACAGGAAUAUAAAAUUACAAACUGAAUGACUUUUAUGGAAACCUUAUUCAGAAAA